GUUCCGUCGACUGCUGCCGCAGCGCUCCCCUCCGCCAGGUGUCUCGCCGCAGCCUCGGGAGAGGAGACGGACCCCUCCUCCCUCUGUCGAAAUGUCUGCUCCAGCUCAGCCACCCACCGAAGGGGCAGAAGAGACUGCCCCAGGUGGGGGUCCCCCUGGCUCUCCUCCUAAUGUGACCAGUAACAGACGACUACAGCAAACCCAGGCACAAGUGGAAGAGGUGGUGGACAUCAUGCGUGUGAAUGUGGACAAAGUCCUGAAGAGGGACGAGAUACUGUCAGAGCUGGAUGACCGAGCUGACGCCUUGCAGGUGGGAGCAUCAAUAUUUGAGAGCAGUGCUGCCAAGCUAAAGAGGAAAUAUUGGUGGAAAAACUGCAAGAUGAUGAUCAUGCUGGGAGCUAUCUGUGCCAUCGUCGUGGUAGUUAUUGUAAUCUACUUUUUUACUUGAGAAUGUGCCACCCCUUCCCUGUUCUCCAUUGCCAUCCAAACUCAAGUCCCCUUCCCUCUGCUUGCUCUCUCAACAAACUUCCCCGUCUACCUUCCUCCAUCCCAGCCCAAGCUUCUCCACCACCCAUUCCUCCUUUUUUGUUGCUUUCAUUUGCACUAUGUCCCUCAACACUAGAAAUGCUGCUCAUGGCGCAGUCUUGAAGUAACUACCUGAGGAGCAAUAGCUGGUGCCUCCUUGCUGCCUCCUUCUUAUGUACUCACAAGUUCCCCCAAAGCCAAGGGAAGGGGAAGGAGUGUAGCUGAGGUGACAUGCCCAAGAAGUGCCAAGAUCAGGGGAGGAGAAGGGUAUCGGUGCCUAUGGUGUUACCAGGAAAGGCCAGGCUGCUGGAAGGAGGAGGCUGUGAACAGCUGGGAAAAUGGCAGCUCACUCAGGGCUGCCCUGGUCACGUGGGGCUCUUCCCCUCUGCCAGGCCUGAAGAGGAUCCUGGGGUGGGCCCAAAGUCCAGC